AUAGAAUUACUCCGCGUAGAUUAUUUUAAUCAUGGCACAUAGUUUGUUUAAUUGAUGUGUUUACGAAUGUGUAAAUGACAUAACUGCAACUAUGUAAUAAAAGUAGCUGGUCACUCUAGUUUUAACAGCUGUGAAGUUAUGUAUUGCCAAUAUAAAGAAAUUCAUAUAUAAACUAUUUCAACGUUCUUGUUUUUCGCAAAUAGCGUCAAUUGGCAUUCUCCUGGAUUAGUUUAUUGUGAAAUUAAAAAAAGUUAUAAUGGGCCCUCCAAAAAAAUCAAAAAAAGACCGAUUUACCGGUGAAAAAUUUGGAAAAAAACGACGUGCUGAAGACGAAGCUUACACCCAAUUGGUGGAAGAUGGAGAUUCUCUUGCCUCUGAUGGCGCUGCUGAGUUAGACGGCGUACCCGUUGCUGCUUCCAAAAAUGUAGAAACCAACGAUGAUGGCAUUAUGACUGACGAGUACGGUGCAAAGGAUUACCGUGCUCAAAUGGAGUUAAAGACUGACCAUACAAAUAGACCGCUAUGGGUUGCACCAAAUGGCCAUGUGUUUCUGGAAUCAUUUUCACCUGUUUAUAAACAUGCUCAUGACUUUUUAAUUGCUAUUUCGGAGCCGGUUUGCCGUCCUGAACAUAUACAUGAAUAUAAGUUAACGGCGUAUAGUUUAUAUGCAGCUGUGUCAGUGGGAUUGCAGACACAUGAUAUCAUUGAAUAUCUCAAGCGUUUAAGUAAAACGUCAAUACCAGAAGGUAUCAUUGAAUUUAUCAAACUUUGUACUUUGUCUUACGGAAAGGUAAAAUUAGUGCUUAAACACAACAGAUAUUUUAUUGAAUCACCUCAUCCUGAAAUUCUUCAAAAACUCUUAAAAGAUCCUGUAAUUCAACAAUGUCGUUUAAAACGAGAAGAAGGCGAGGGCUUCAUACAGGGUAAAUUAGAGGGUAAAGCUAUCACACAAUUUGGAACAAAACUGCCACCUGGCAGUGAAAAUACCGCCACAAGCACCAGCGAUUCUGCUGCUGGUGCGGCCCCCGGUACGGCGGUGGGAACAAAUCCAGAUGGUACUACAGCCGUUCCUGAAGACAUUACAAACUUCUAUGAUAAAAUCGAUAACGAAGAAGAAGAUGAGGAUGAAGCCAAUUUGAAAACCGUGUCUUUUGAAGUGAAUCAAGAAAAAAUCGAAGUUAUACAGAAACGUUGUAUUGAAAUAGAACAUCCACUGUUAGCAGAAUAUGAUUUCCGUAACGAUACACAUAAUCCAGACAUAAACAUAGAUUUAAAACCGGCUGCGGUUCUUCGACCUUAUCAAGAAAAAAGCUUACGUAAAAUGUUCGGUAACGGCCGUGCCCGUUCUGGAGUAAUUGUACUGCCAUGUGGUGCGGGCAAAUCGCUUGUCGGUGUGACAGCUUGCUGUACAGUUCGUAAACGUGCACUUGUUCUUUGCAACAGUGGUGUUUCUGUAGAACAAUGGAAACAACAAUUUAAAAUGUGGUCCACUGCUGAUGACAGUAUGAUUUGUCGAUUCACUUCUGAAGCUAAGGACAAACCCAUGGGUUGCGGCAUACUCGUAACAACAUAUUCUAUGAUAACACAUACCCAGAAACGUUCUUGGGAAGCAGAACAAACCAUGCGCUGGUUGCAGGAACAGGAAUGGGGUAUUAUGGUGCUCGAUGAAGUACAUACUAUACCCGCUAAAAUGUUCAGACGUGUUCUGACGAUUGUGCAGUCUCACUGCAAAUUAGGUCUAACAGCCACAUUGUUGCGUGAAGAUGAUAAGAUUGCUGAUUUGAAUUUUCUUAUUGGACCGAAACUUUAUGAAGCAAAUUGGUUGGAAUUACAAAAGAAAGGUUAUAUUGCCAAGGUACAGUGCGCUGAAGUGUGGUGCCCGAUGUCUCCAGAAUUCUACCGUGAAUAUCUUACUACGAAGACUUCCAAGAAAAUGCUACUCUAUGUAAUGAAUCCGUCCAAGUUUCGUAGUUGUCAGUUUUUAAUCAAGUAUCAUGAGAAACGAGGAGACAAAACAAUUGUAUUUUCCGAUAACGUAUUUGCCCUUAAACACUAUGCAAUUAAGAUGAACAAACCAUUUAUUUAUGGACCUACUUCACAAAAUGAGCGUAUACAAAUUCUACAAAACUUUAAAUUCAAUCAAAAGGUGAAUACAAUUUUUGUGUCCAAAGUUGCCGAUACGAGUUUUGAUUUACCCGAGGCUAAUGUACUAAUUCAAAUAUCCUCACAUGGUGGCUCUCGGCGUCAGGAAGCACAACGUCUUGGUCGUAUUUUGCGUGCCAAAAAAGGAGCUAUCGCAGAAGAAUACAAUGCUUUCUUCUAUACUCUCGUUUCACAGGACACCUUGGAAAUGAGCUACUCACGCAAACGUCAAAGAUUUUUAGUCAACCAAGGUUACAGCUAUAAGGUUAUCACCCACUUGAGUGGAAUGGACACGGACCCAGAUCUGAUGUAUAAAACCCGUGAAGAACAGUCACAGCUCUUGCAGCAAGUUUUAUCGGCAUCAGACUUGGAUUGCGAAGACGAAAAAGUGCCGGGAGAACCAGGUUAUCGGCCCAGUGGUGCAACAGCAUCUAAACGGGCUGGAGGUCUCAGCUCCAUGUCUGGUGGCGACGAUGCUAUCUACUAUGAACAACGCCGACGUAAUGCAGGUUCGGUGCAUCCUCUUUUCAAAAAAUUUAGAGGCUAAAUGUAUAAUUCUUCGUGGAAGGAUUAUAAAAGAUUUAAAAUCUUAUCAUAAUACAAUCCGUUUGUAAGUAGUAGUUUUUCGGAAAAUACAUUUGCAUAAUUCUUAUUUUUAAAAC